AUGCAGGACUCACCCCGAAGGUGGUCAGCGGCAAGUAUUUUUAGCAACUUUUUCCAGGGUCGGAGGCAUUCUUCCUCUGAUCCCCUUCUUCGCAUAAUCCAGAGGCGCCGGAGCUCAGUUGUAGAGGUACUGUCAUCAUCAACUCACCGGGUUAUGGUGGCCAUAUCAUCUCUGAGCCCUGAGGAGCUGAAUGCAACUUUUCCUGAAAAAAAAAGGAGUUCAAGGCGUCCAACGGCAAAAUACACUAAAGUAGGCGAGCGCCUUCGCCAUGUCAUUCCUGGUCAUAUGCAGUGUUCAAUGGCAUGCGGCGGCCGUGCUUGCAAGUAUGAAAAUCCUGCUCGAUGGAGUGACCAAGAGCAAGCCAUUAAAGGGCUCUACUCUUCUUGGAUAACAGAUAACAUAUUGGCUACAGCUCGACCCUCAACAGAAUUAAUUGAAAAGUACAACAUUAUUGAACAAUUUGAAAGAUGCAGCAUAAAAACCAUAAUUAACCUUCAGCGUCCUGGGGAGCAUGCGAGCUGUGGGAAUCCACUGGAACAAGAAAGUGGCUUCACCUACCUUCCUGAAGCUUUCAUGGAGGCUGGAAUUUAUUUUUAUAAUUUUGGAUGGAAGGAUUAUGGAGUGGCAUCUCUCACUACUAUACUUGAUAUGGUAAAAGUCAUGGCUUUUGCCUUACAGGAAGGGAGAGUAGCUGUUCAUUGUCAUGCCGGACUUGGUCGGACAGGUGUUCUAAUAGCUUGCUAUUUAGUUUUUGCAACAAGAAUGACCGCUGAUCAAGCAAUUCUGUUUGUUAGAGCAAAAAGGCCUAAUUCUAUUCAGACUAGAGGACAGCUGUUAUGCAUCAGAGAGUUCACGCAGUUUUUAAUUCCUCUGAGAAAUGUAUUUGCUUGCUGUGAUCCCAAGGCACACACAGUGACACUGUCUCAGUACCUGACCCGUCAGAGACACCUGCUCCACGGUUAUGAGAGCAGGCAUCUCAAACAUGUGCCAAAACUUAUUCAUCUAGUUUGCAAACUGUUGCUAGACUUGGCUGAAAACAGACAGGUGAUAGAGGCAGAACUGUUAAAUAUACCAGAUCUCUCAGCUGAAAUUGAAGAGACUGUUUCUCAGUUGGUCUCUACACAGCUAGAUAAAGAGCUAGAAAGACAGGACAGUGAUACAUCUGACUCGUUCUCCCAAACUCACUCAGCUACUUUUGAGACCCACAAUGCUCUUUUCUCCUUGGCACAUGCAUAUGAUCCUCUUUGGAAAAGAAGGAAUGCCGAAUGCCUUCAGCCGUUCACUCAUGUGAAAAGGCGUCUGAGUUAUAGUGAAUCAGAUUUAAGGACAACUGAGUUUCUCUUAGAACAAGGAGAAACUGCAUGGACAGUACCUACUCAGAUAUUACUGCACAACAAAUUUCAGCAGAACCGUGGCGAGGAGUGUUCUGCUGCAGGUGGACAAAAGCUGCAGUGGGAUUUAAACAAAGAAGUCUUAGUGCGUAAUACAUGUACAUUCUGGAGUCAAGGUAAAUUUAAUUUGGAUGGACGAAAAGAUGGAUCCUCGCUUUAUCACAGAAGGAAAUCUGCCAAAGAAGUACAACGCAGCAGAACCUUUUCUUCAGGUCUGGCAUCUAUCCACAAUUCCAGGGAACCUGGAACACCAAAGCAUAAUUUUGCAAAAGAGAUUGGUCAUAGAACAGAAUGUGAGACUAAUAUGUAUAAGAGAAGAGUCUAUGCCUCUCAGGACUCUGAUUCUUCUUCUUCUUCUAAAGCAAAGUUUUCUAUGGGAUAUGAAAGCCAGACAAGCAAAGAUCUGUCAGAGGCAAUUCCACACAUCGUUUUGCAAUCAGAAUUAAGUUUGGAAGCCCGAAGAGUUUUGGCAGCUAAAGCACUUGCAAAUAUAAAUGAAUUUCUGGGAGAGGAUGAAGUGAAGCAGAAGGUAGAAAUGUGGCAGAAAGAACUGAAUUCUCGAGAUGGAGCUUGGGAUAAAAUCUGUACUGAGAGAGAUCCUUUUAUCCUCUGCAGCUUGAUGUGGUCCUGGAUAGAGCAACUGAAAGAACCCAUUAUAUCGAAAGAUGAUAUUGACAUGUUGGCAAAAAAUUGCACAGAAUCACAAGAAGCACUUUACUUACUGAAAAAGGAACAGUGUCAGACUAUCCUUUGUAUUUUACAUUGUGUGGUGAACUUGCAAAUGCUACCAGCUGAUGUGGAGGAGGCCUUACUUGCUCGUGCUAUUAAAGCUUUCACUAAGACAACCUUUGAUUCUGAAAAUGGACCAUAUGUUUACAAUACCCUGAGAAAAGUAUUUAAACAAACACUGGAAGAAAAAAGAAAAAAGUUCAAAGAAGGAACAGAAAAUCCUACCUGAUUUCUACACAGCUAUUCUGAAGAAUUCGAUGGGCCUACCAAAUUGUUUUUCAUUCUUUAGCUACUGUAUUUUGUGCUAUUUGGCAUGAUUUACCUAACUUUAGAUAAUAAUAGUUAUUAACAAACAUUUUAAGUGAGUUUUAGUGACAAGUGUUUUAUCUACACAAUUCUAAAGAACAGCUCAUAUGUAACUGUACUGUAGCAUCUGGUUACAAGUAUUAUGCUUGCAUAUUGUGAACUGUUCUCUUCUUUUUAAAUGUAUUUAUUGAUUUAGGAACCUCUGUUAUUGGCAUGCUACAUUAUUUGCAAGUUACAUGACUGCCAUAAAAUCAGUGCCAUGGUACACAAUGGAUUGAGUUUGUAUUUAUAUAUUAAGUAUGUUUACAUUGAAGUUAUUUGAUUUUACUUUGCAGAAAAUAAUACUGACUGUACUUAAACUCCUUUUCUUUUAGAAAUGUUAAAAUAAAACUAAG